AUGGUGGGGCGGGUGGAAAGGAAUUUGUCUGUGCGUCCCAGUUACUAUCCUCUUGUCUCCUGUGUCAGUGUGUCAACUUUGGAUUCCCCUGACCUUCAAACUGUUAGUGAAGACCAAAAUUCUCUUGAAGAGCAGUUUAAGGGUAAAAUGAAUGUAAUUUCUGACGAUUCAGUACUUGAAUUUGAACUGAGGAAGAAGAAUGAGGAAAUUAAAAGUUUACGAGAGCUACUUACUAGCGCUACUUUGGGGGCACCGAAUGUUACUGAGUCGUUGGACUCAAUUACACCUACGCCUUCAGACUAUCGUCUUUCCAAGGCUGUUAGUCAGAUGUCAAAUAUCGAGGCGCGCGCCCUCCAUUUCCUCAUAAACGAAUAUCUUUUAAGUAGUGGCUACAAGCUAACAGCCGUCCAGUUCUCCGAAGAAUGUGAAGCUCUCGAACAACAAGACCUUGACGACUGGGAUGAUGUUGGUCUUACCUGCGACCGCCCACCAAGCCUCCCUUCUCUCCUAAAAGCGUCCUGGUUGCCUCAGUCCUCAGGCCUUCCUUCUAGACCAAUGCUGAAGCUCGUUCCUCAGCUCAGGGCUAAAGGAGCUUCUCUCAGCAAUCAUCAAGCUAUAGACGAAGAGGCUGUUCAAACGGAAGCAGUAGCAAGUGUACUGAGAGAAGAUUUAGAAAGCAGUAGAACAGCAAUCAGCAUUCUUCAAUGCAAUUACGAUGCUACAAAGGCUGAACUGGAAGUUUCACGUCAGCAUGUUGCAGAUCUGCGUGGAAAAGUGACUCGUCUUGAGUCAGAAAACCUCAGUCUCUCACAGGAGUCAACGUAUUGGAGGAAUCAAAUUCUUUGCCUUAAGAGGGACUUCCCCGACUUGGUAGGAACCGCAGUAAAGAAGACAAACAGAAAUUCUGCCUUAAAUGGUACCGCAAACCGAAAUACCAUUGAUUCACAUGAGGCAACUCUUGACCUUGGGUCGGCGGGUAAGGCGGUCGAAAACGGUCAGUCACAAGGCAUUCCGCCUUCACCAUCCCCAUUGCCAUCGCCACCACCACCACCACAACCAGACCAUCCACUUCCUGAGGUGGUGGUUGAGGUUCCGAAAUUAUCGAUCAACGAACCCAUGUUUAGAAGGCAGAGUCAUCCAGAAUUUGUGCGCUGCGCAUCCGAGCUUUUACCGCCAGCGGUAAUCGAUGAAUUUCCAUUCGAAGCAUUUCGGCUGGCUGACACUCUAGAUGAAUUAAUCGUCACUGUCGGCGACCUGAUUCAGGGCAUAUUAAAACAUUUGCCGGACGAAAUGAAAUCGUUAGCCCUACCACUACUAAUUCAAGCAAUCUGCCUUCAUCCGGACGCCGCUGUUCGCGAUCAACUUCUUCGUGCACUGUUUAAUCUGUUCACUGAAUCCCCAGAGCCAGGCUCCAAGGAGGUAGAGGUGAAGCGAACUGACGUCAUCCUUCCCCAGUGUCGUGAUUUAGCAACUUGCUUAGGACCUCAACGAAUAGAAAGCGAACUUCUCCCCCAAAUCUGGUCUCAGUUAAACGAAAGACCUUCGAGCUGUCUCAGAAAGCUUCUCAACUCGGCUUGUGGUGUCAUAGCACCUGCAACUCCUUCCCGACUGCGUUCCUCUCUACUCCUCUCCAUUCUGCUUCAAUCAAUCGAGGAGGAGAAGGAUGAACAGGUCAAGGCGGUAGCCCUCCGCUCCCUCGCCGCCGUAGUCGUGCUCAUGGAGGACCGGGACAAACUCCCCCAGCUGGCCACCACAUUCGAGCGGUCUCUUCGAGAGACUUGGGGCGAUGCCACGACAACCCUGCCCUACCCCCAAUUAGUCUAUGAGCGCGUGCCUACUGUCCUGCCCAUUGCGGCUUCCCUCACCGUAGCUGAGGCCUCAUGCAACUGGCUGCUACCCACUGUGGCUGAGUGGUGUCUUGAAGUGGAUUCUUUGAAGCCGUUGCUUUUGGAUCCGUGGCUUGAGAAACUUAAGUCUCUGUGUUUUGUAAGUGUCGAAUUGCUCGAAAAUGAGAUGUCAAAAUCUAAAUCGAACUGCAAUGGGUCCUCGGAGAAGUCGAUACGCUUGAAACUCCAAUUUUCCACAAGUGAACUCUUUCGAAUUAUGACAGUUCUUAAUCGCCUCGUGCCCUUUCUCUUUGCCUCUGUCCUCCAGAGCCUAGCAUUUAUCAAGCCCUACCGGACCUCCUUUGAGGAUGACUGUGACGAUCUGGUACUUGAGAAUACUGAUGCGCAUGAAGAAGCAGUAAAUGAGGCUGGCGAGAGGGAUUUCCCUAUUGAUCAUUGGGAGUAUCUUUUCGUGCCGCAAUGCAUCUUGGGAAGGAAGCGUUACGAGGAGCUGGUCAAGUCGUUUGAGCACGUGCUUGUAGGCUCAAUGAAAUCGGUUUCAGACGGUGCAGUAGGUGAGGGCGAUGAUGUGGCUUCCGCUUUUAACGGGGCGUGCGAAGGUGAGUGGCCCGCGAUGGACGACGUCCGACAGCACUUGCUCCUCCCCAUCGCCGAGAUGCUGCGUGCUAUGAAUCCCCACUCGAACUCCAUUGACGAAGGCACCGAAGCCCAUGAGUACCUUGAACAGGACCCCAUUCUGCCUCAAGAGUUCCUCAGCCUAAUGCAGACUCAAUUUGAUGAUAAUUUUUGGCUUCCGUGGCGUUUACGACCUGCGUCGUGUACGCUUACGCUCUGCAAGGAACUUUGCUUCUAUGUCUCCCUUAUUGGCAAAGCCUUCGGUACGGCUGCGGUCCAGAAGUACUUGUAUGAACCAUUUCACAGCCAGCUCAUGGAGCGUAGUGUUCAGGGCUAUUUUGAAUUCGACCUCAAGGCCCUUCCCUCAGGCGUAUUUGCAGGUUACUGCUGUCUAUUAGCGUCAACUAAAUCAAAAUCGGAGCUAAACAAAGUGAAAAUGCUAAUAGCCAAUGCAAUAUUUCUCCAUUCCCGCGAUUCCUGCUCUCUCCACGGCGUACGAGCCGCAAUAAUGGCUCUUUGCUACACUGAAGAUGCUGCUGGUGUUUGUCGCGAGGUUUUGCUGCCCGCAUUGCGUUCGUGCGCAUCCUGUGCUGAUCCCGCCGUGCGUCGGACUGCGAGUAACAUCUUCUACACACUAAUUGGCUAUCUCUCUGAUGAAGUCGGUUUCAAUUCCGCCGGAAAGUCCAAUAAACUUUCGACUGCCUCCUCGAGGCACCAUGACCGUCAGCCCUCAUGGGCACAAGCAGCACCAAGUCUGUUGGAGGAAUGUUGGCAACUCGCAAGCCAAUUGGCAAGGGAUGACUACACCUCGAUCGGGACUGCAGCAUUUACGGAUUUUAGCUCUCCGGUCCUAGAGAGUCAGCCAAUCGAUGAACAUUCCGCCGACUGGUCGUGCAUCUCCGUCGCUUUAGGGCCACUCUUCUGUUUGUAUAGCAAAAUGCUCCGACCAAGUCCCUACGUGGCUGAAAUGGACCUACGAGAUCGCCGAAGCCUCUCAGAGGACGCUAGGAUAGCUGAUCAGGUGCUGGUACUCAUCACUCGACUAAUGUCUCUAGUCAGCGCGGAUAAUCAGACUUCUCUGGACCCCUCGGCUGUGCAAUUUCUUGUUCAACAGCAGUACUGGGAGACACUUGUUAGCGGCCUUCUGCAAGUUGCCAACCGCUUACUACCCACCUGUUCUGAGGAUUUUCGCGAUACAAAAAUUCUGCCUUGGCUGUAUCGUCUUACUGAAAUUAACAACAUGAUCCCAGACAUGGAGCAGAGAACACGCCUUGGACAGCGGUUGACACUCGUCUUCUCGACAGCUUCCUUCUGCCUCGGUACGGAAGCCCCUGUGACCACUUGGAUAAUGCCAGGUUUGGAUCGAUUACGUCUAGACUUUGUCGAAGCUGGGGAAAAGAUAUCGGCAGAGGAGCUGGAACAACUCUCUUCUGAUCUUCGCCAGAGGCUUGCUAUUCAUUCUAGUCCCCCGUAA